AUGGGUUCCGACGAAGAGAACCGUGGCCAGCGAUCACGGCGCAGCCGCCACGACGACGACGAAAGGCCGCGCCGAGAACGAGACACCGCAGAUCGCGAAAGCCACCGCCGCAGACGCAGCAAAGACCGGAGCGACAACCGCGACCGCGAACGCGGCUCAGAUAGACCACCGCGCAGAGAACGACGAAGGUCCCGAUCACGAGACAGACGCGAGACCUCCCGCCGCUCGCGCUCACCAGACCCCUCCGCGCGGAAACGUUCCCGCUCACGAGACCGCGACCGCAGCGAUCGCGACCGCAGCGAUCGCGACAGACACAGGCGAAGGCGAUCCCCUCACGACAACGACAACGACCGCAGCAGCAGAGACAAAGACUCCCUUCGCCGCAGACACCGCGACCGCGACCGCAGCCCCGCCUCCGACUCGGAAGAAGACGACUUCAACUCCAAAUCCACAAAACGCAAACGCCUACUAACCGCACCCAUAAGCCCCAUCCGCCGCACCGGGCCCCUCCCAGACCAAGACGCCUCCUUCGCCGUCUCCAAAGGCGAAGAACCCGAAAAACCAAAAGAGAAACCAAACCUCCGCACAACAGGCCUCCUCGCAGCAGCCUCAAACUCAAUCCAGCAAGCCGAUGGCACCUCCAUCACGCUAAAAUACCACGAACCCGCCGAGGCGCGCAAACCGCCCUCCCGCGACCAGUGGAAGCUUUUCGUCUUCAAGGGCGCCGACGUCGUCGACACGGUGGACCUGAACCUCCGCAGCUGCUGGCUGAUGGGUCGGGAAGCGGCCGUGGUGGAUUUCGCGGCCGAGCACCCGAGUAUUAGCAAGCAGCACGCCGUGAUCCAGUUCCGGCACGUGGAGAAGAGGAAUGAGUUUGGGGACCGGAUUGGGAAGGUGAAGCCGUACCUGAUUGAUCUCGAGAGCGCCAAUGGGACGGUGCUGAAUGGGGACAAGGUUGCCGAGAGUCGGUAUUAUGAGUUGAGGGAUAAGGAUAUGGUUAAGUUGGGGCAUAGUACGAGGGAGUACGUGCUCAUGCUGGCGCCGAAGGACUAG